CCUUCUUUCAAUAUAUAAACCCACUUCACUCUUCUAGUCUUCUCACUUUCGUACAUAAAAGAUUAAUUAGACAAAUCAACAAUUACUUGGAAAUUUGAUCUUAUUUUAAAAGAAAGUUAAUUUUUUGUAAGGGAAAAAAAUGGCAAGCAAAGGUAUGGUAUGCAAUGCUUCAACUGCACCACUAGUUUCAAGCAGGAGUUUUAGCAAACUAGUUGGUCUAAGGCCGUGUUCUGUGGCUUUUCCGGUACCGAAAAAGCCGUCUUUGGGAUCACGAUUAGUCGUAAAAGCUCAACAAGCAGGCGGUGCAGAGAAUAAAGAAGGUGGUCAUCAAGUUGAUGUACAGCUUCAAAAGAGUAACAACUCUAACCGCAACCAGUCCGCCGCUGUUGAACGCCGCCCUCGAAGGCUCGCUGUCGAUAUCUCUCCUUUUGGGCUUAACGACUCAUUCUCACCAAUGAGAUCAAUGCGCCAAAUAUUGGACACAAUGGACCGCCUCUUCGAAGACACCUUAACAAUGCCAGGAAGAAUCGGCGAAAUGCGAUCCCCAUGGGACGUAAUGGAGGACGAUAACGAGUACAAGAUGAGGUUCGAUAUGCCGGGACUCGACAAAGAGGACGUCAAAGUAUCGGUCGAGGAUAAAAUGCUUGUAAUCAAAGGAGAACAUAAGAAGGAAGAAGGAGGUAACGAUACAUGGGGUAAAAGAAGCUAUAGCUCGUAUGAUACUAGACUUCAAUUGCCUGAUAAUUGUGAGAUGGAUCAGAUUAAGGCUGAGCUUAAAAAUGGUGUUCUUAAUAUCUCGAUUCCUAAGGCUACGGUUGAACGCAAGGUUGUCGAUGUACAAAUUCAGUGAGAUAAUUGUCUUUCAUAGUUGAAUGGUUAUGUUCUAAUUGAAGGGAGCCUAAGUUUAAGAUUGGAAAGAAGCUCGUAAAACAUUGUAUUAUGUAACUAAUGUAAGAAUGUAUACAUCAUCUAUUGUGUAACCGAGUGUAUUUAGCUCUAGCACAUGUGUUUGUUCACAUAUUUUGUAUGUGAAUCUAUGAACCUUGUUUAGUGAAAGAUCGAAAAAAAAGUGUAAUUACACAAUUAAGGCUCUGUUAUGUUCGACU